AACAUGUGGCGGUUGAACGAAGGAGAACCAAGUAAUAACACAGUGGAAGCAGAGCAUCUAGAGAGAGAAAGUGCGAGUCCGUUAGAGAGAGAUGGGAUGCUUGUCCCUCUACAACAAAACCGUUCCACUCCCUCCCUUUCGAAAAACCGUUGCAGAUCAUAACGGUCUCAAAUUUCCCUCCAUGCCCUUCUCAUCGCCAUCCCCUUUCAGCUUCCCAAUUCUGAAGAACCCAUUUCCUUUCUCUUCUCCUUCAACAUCUCCAUUUACAGUCAAUUGCAGAGACACAACUGGAGAUUCACCUCUCUCCACUUCUUCGGCUUACGACUUGCUCGGCAUCAACCCCAAUUGCUCUCCGUCCGAGCUCAAAUCCGCUUUUCGAACAAAGGUGAAGCAGUUUCAUCCAGAUGUAAGAAAAGAUGGGGAAGAGUCAGAUACUAUGAUUCGUCGUGUAAUUCAGGCUUAUCAGAUGUUAUCCAACUACAGCAGAUCAGAAAUUAUUGAGAGGGAAUGCCUUGAUCCUUUCGAUGAACCAGAAUGUGAGGCAUUUGACCUCUUCGUCAAUGAGGUUCUUUGUGUUGGCAGAGGGUGUCCAUAUUCAUGUGUAAAAAGAGCGCCUCAUGCCUUCACCUUUGCUUCUUCGACGGGAACUGCACGUGCAACUUCUCAAGGGCAUGGCGAAGAUUACCAAGUUCAGCUUGCCGUUGGUCAGUGCCCAAGAAAUUGUAUUCAUUAUGUUACACCUUCUCAGAGAGUUAUUCUGGAAGAGCUGCUUGACAGUAUCUUGAACGUGCCUUAUGCUAGUUUGGCCGAGGCAGACUUGCUUUAUUCGCUUAUCACAAAAGCAAAAUUUGAGAACAACCGAUACCAGAAGCCAAAGCAAAGACCUAAGGCUUCAACCAAACAUGUAGAUUGGUUUUAAUAUCCGAACACCUGGAGGUGAUAUGCUGCAUAAAAUUUCUCUUCAUUCACCAAAUUCGGCAUGCAGUACAUUUAUAUGGAGGAAACUAGGAACCACUAGUAACGGUGAUCAUUAUCUAUGGAAUUAAUUGGCAAGGGGAAUUCUGCUUCACGUGUUGUUUCGGUUAAAUGAAAUCCAAUGAAGUAUGAUCAGGGAAAUAUUUUGGUGAAGCUACUUCCUUAAAAGCUCUCUUAUUAGCUAGGAAAUGUGAAAUUGCUACAGUUUCUAUUUUCUCGUCUUUUCGGUAUAAAAUGAAAUCGCUGUCUAGAUGAAAAAUGUGUAGUUAUCAUUAAUGAUAUACAUUACAAACAUGGAAUAACUCAUCCCUGUAUAUACUCUAGAUGAAAAUUUUCUAUUUAAAGCUCA